AUGGAUCCUACUGGUUCUGAUACUAAGUUGGUUGCUCAUGCAAAUGGUUCUCAGCCACCACCGGGGCAAUGGACCACUGGCCUAUUCGCAUGUUAUGAAGAUCCUUCCAGUUGCUUCAUGACCUGGUUAGUUCCCUUUGUAACCUUCGGCCAGAGGGCAGAGAUCUUGGACAGAGGGAAUAUGAGCUGUUGUGUAGCGGGGACCAAGUAUUUUUGCAGUUGUUGCUGUGCUUACUCGUUAUCGAAGCAUUACAGAACCAAAUUGAGAGCCGUUUAUUCAUUGCCUGAAGAACCAUGCUCCGAUUGUUGUGUCCAUUUUUGGUGUCUUGGUUUUGCUAAUUGCCAGGAGUACAGAGAGCUCAAGAACCGUGGAAUUGAUCCCUCUGCAGGUUGGAAAGCCAAUGCUGAGAAAAUGAAGCAGAGUGGAGCUUCUGCACCUCCACAUAUUGCUCCGGGCAUGCGUCGUUAG